AUAUCUCUCCGUCGAAAUUGCAACUUCUCUCUCUCUCUCUCUCUCUCUCUCUACAUGCCUCCCCAUCAUGACACCUUUCACGGCGGCGAACCCGCCUCCGGCCACCAGAAUAACGGCGCUUCGACGCUGCCGCCGCCGAAGCAGAACCCGAAGCUGCUCUCCCUCCUCCUGAAGGCCAUAAUAAUGACCCUGAUAACCACCCUCUUCUUCCUCUUCCUCGGCCUGGCCGCCAUCAUCCUCCUCCACCUCUGCCUCGCCGGCGGCCUCCUCCACCGCCGCCGCCAGAUCGACCUCCCGCCUCCCCUCGGCCGGGCGUUGCCCCCGCGCGACCUCAAGAGGCUCCCCAAAUUCAGGUACCCGAAGAGGGGGGCUCAGGGUCAGGGUCAGGGCCAACACAAUCAAGGCUUUACCGAUUGCGCGGUCUGUUUGGAGGAGUUCAGUCAAGGCCAGUGGUGCAGGAAGCUGGUCGGGUGCGGUCACGUGUUCCAUAAGAGCUGCGUGGACACUUGGCUCGUCAAAGUUGCUGCUUGCCCGGUUUGCCGGUCGCAGGUCCGAGCCCAGGUGGGGUCUACGAGGCCUGGAAUCGACGGACGAGAUUGCAAGCAGCUUUGGGCUUUCGGUAGAGAGACGCCCGUCUGAGGGAUUCGGUGGAUGGGACUUGUGGAAGUCCGUGAAAAGUGGUUAGAUUGUGGUCAUGCGUUGAAAAAUUCAAUCUUUUCUUUGGGCAAUGAAAUAUGAUCUCCUGGAUCAUCAACUGCAGCAAUUUCGUUCUUUCCUACUUUAGUUGCUCAAGUUGUUAUGGGAUCAGUUUGGUUAUGUUUGGUUAGCUAGAACUGAGAAGUCCCAGUGCGGUUGCAGUUUUGGUUGUGAAUGAAUUGCUGUCCUAGUUUAAUGUUCUGUUUUGUUGUUAGGAGGCGUGGAGCUUAGCUUUUCGUGCUUU